AUGGAGAAUGACAUCAACCAUUGUUUAAGAUCACCAUACAGGUUGAUAGAGGUUGAAACACAUAAACGAGUAACAUGUGAUGAAAAUAUUGUGUGUGAUUGGUUGUUUAGCUGCAAAGGAGAACCCAUUGAUGAAGUUAUAAAAACAAAAAGAGGUGAUACUACAAUUAGAGUAGCAAUGGAGAGCUUACUUCCAUCAUUCAAAAACUGCCAAGCUGUUCUUGAUUGUUGGUUUGAUCAUCUUAAUUAUGAUGAAAAUGCUCGGCAUGCUAAUUCACCAUCAAGAGUUUUCUGUAAAGUGGCUACUACUGUUUUCUUUCCUGUUAUACGAAAGGAGAAUACUUUUCUAGUUGUAUUCAAUCUAAAUUCAACUGUUUACGGGAUUAUUGAUAAUGUUUCUGGAACUAUAAAUGAAGUCGUUUAUGAUCAUCUUGCAGAAAAUCUUAAAAAAAUGUUUACAAUGUUUUUGAAGGAUAUUCAACAUCAUCUGCUACAAAAUGUACUUCUGAAUCUAUGA